AUGCAGAAGCGGGACGGCAGGGAAAACCGCGGCGACAAGGAGCUCGGGGCGCGCAGCUCCGAGCGCGACCAGGAGGUCGCCAAACGGACCUCCAGGGGCAGCGGUAACGCCGCCCGGUCGAACGUGCACUCGUCCCGGCACAGCGUCACCUCGUCGUCCGGCGUGCUCAUGGUCGGCCCGAACUUCCGGGUUGGCAAGAAAAUUGGCUGUGGAAACUUCGGGGAGCUUCGUCUCGGGAAGAACCUGUACAAUAAUGAGCACGUAGCAAUUAAAAUGGAACCAAUGAAGUCAAAGGCACCACAGCUACAUUUAGAAUAUAGGUUUUACAAAUUAUUAGGUACACAUGAGGGUAUACCGGAGGUGUACUACUUCGGCCCGUGCGGGAAGUACAACGCCCUGGUGAUGGAACUCCUCGGUCCGAGCCUCGAGGACCUCUUCGACCUCUGCGGGAGGAGGUUCACCCUCAAGACCGUUCUCAACAUUGCCACACAGCUCCUCCAUAGGAUAGAAUACGUUCAUAGUCGGCAUUUGAUAUACCGCGACAUCAAGCCGGAAAAUUUUCUGAUAGGACGAUCCACUACCAAGCGGGAAAAAAUCAUUCACAUAAUCGAUUUUGGACUAGCCAAAGAGUAUAUAGACCUGGAGACGAACAAGCAUAUACCGUAUCGGGAACACAAGAGUCUCACCGGCACGGCGCGUUACAUGAGCAUUAACACGCAUCUUGGCAAAGAGCAGAGCAGAAGAGACGACCUGGAGGCGUUGGGCCACAUGUUCAUGUACUUCCUGCGUGGCAGCCUGCCAUGGCAAGGACUCAAGGCCGACACGCUGAAGGAGCGCUACCAAAAGAUCGGCGACACGAAACGGGCGACGCCGAUCGAGGUACUUUGCGACGGCCAUCCCGAGGAGAUGGCCACGUAUCUGCGCUACGUACGCAGGCUGGACUUCUUCGAGACGCCGGACUACGAGUAUUUGAGGAAGCUCUUCCACGAUCUGUACGAGAGACGUGGCUUCGUCAACGACGGCGAAUUUGACUGGACCGGCAAGACUAUGUCCACGCCCGUCGGAUCCCUCCAAACCGGCCAGGAGAUCGUCGUAUCACCGAAUCGCGAUCGGCAUCCCGCCGCUUACAAGGAUGUGGCAGGUGGAGGGGUGGGAGGUGGGGGCGGUAAGGGGGUGGGAGCCACGUGGCCAGAUACUGUGAAGCAAUCAGGAGCCGGUGGUACAUUGACACCUGCUGACAGGCACGGUUCUGUACAGGUGGUAUCGUCAACUAAUGGAGAACUGGCUAACGAUGACCCGACCGCUGGCCACUCCAACACACCAAUCACAGCACCUCAGGAAGUGGACAUGAUCGACGAAACCAAAUGCUGUUGCUUCUUCAAGCGCAAGAAGAAGAAAAGUGGAAGGCAGAAAUGACUGUCCGUUAC